AUGCGCCUCGGCGUGGUGACCAGGAGCUCAGACCGGACACGUCUGCGGGGGACAGAGAUGGCAGCUCAGAGGCUCCUGUCCCUGCAGUGCUGCCUGCUGUUCCUCUCUGUGGCCACCUUGGCCGGGGGCGCUGGAGUAAUCCCGACUCCAAAUGUGACCGAGACCAGGCACGCGAGUUUGCUGCGGAGCUGCAAGGAAAUUCAGAAGAGCCAUCCCAGAGCUGAAGAUGGCCUGUACUUGCUCCGCACUGAGGACGGGGUCGUCUACCAGACCUUCUGUGACAUGACCACGGACGAAGGCGGCUGGACGCUGGUGGCCAGCAUACACGAGAACCACCUGGCUGGGAAGUGCACGGCGGGGGACCGCUGGACGAGCCAGCAGGGCAACCGGGCAGACUACCCCAAGGGGGAGGACAACUGGGCCAACUACAACACCUUUGGGUCUGCAGUCGCAGCCACCAGCGACGACUACAAGAACCCCGGCUACUACGACAUCCAGGCACGGGACCUGGCCAUCUGGCAUGUCCCCAAUAAGACCCCGCUGAGAUCCUGGAGGAGCAGCUCUCUGCUGAGGUACUUCACCUUCUCGGGCUUCUUAAGGAGAUUCGGACACAAUCUGUUUGGCCUCUACCAGAGAUACCCCGUCCAGUACGGCAUCGGCAGGUGCUGGCAUGACAAUGGCCCGGCCAUUCCCGUGGACUAUGACUAUGGGAGUCCCCAGAGAACCGCGUCCUACUACUCCCCCAUUGGUCAACGGGAAUUUGAUCCUGGAUUUAUCCAGUUCCGGGUGUUUAAUAACGAGAGAGCAGCCCACGCCCUGUGUGCGGGGAUGAGGGUUACCGGAUGCAACACGGAAUUAAACUGCAUCGGAGGAGGCGGCUACUUCCCGGAGGGCAACCCCAGGCAGUGCGGGGACUUCUCUGCCUUCGACUGGAAUGGGUACGGGACUCACUCUGGAGGCAGCAGCAGCCGCAACAUCACCGAGGCGGCUGUGCUGCUCUUCUACCGCUGACCACGCCCGGCCACUCCUGGUGUCCUCACUGAGCUGC